AUAAUUCAGCGUUAUCCCGUGAUCUUGAAGUGAAAAGUGUUCGCCUAAAAAAUAAUCAAAAUACACUUACUGAGGACGAGACGAACUGAUUUAAUUUUCAAUCCAACGGGCAGGGGACCUUUCCAGAAUUCAUCACAAAGCCGAGAGAAAAGAAAAAGGACACCAGACCAUCAUUUAUCCACAGAGAGCCAGGGGCGUGGAAGUGUUACCGUUUCAAAAGUCAAAUAAGCAAAUUGGAGAGGAUCUUUCUUUCUUUAUUCUAUUCUGUUCCCCUCCUUCAACUGUUUCACUUGUUUUGCUGUUUGACGAGUUAAGUCACUUCGUCUUUCUAAAUCAUUUGUUUGCUAAUGGCAUCCCAACCCCAAAAAUACCCUGAAUCCGUCUAUGACUUCACUGUCAAGGAUGCUGAGGGGAAGGACUUAGAUCUCGGCAUAUUCAAAGGAAAAGUCUUAUUAAUUGUUAAUGUUGCUUCAAAAUGUGGAAUGACCAACUCUAAUUACACAGAGCUCAAUCAGUUAUAUGAGAAGUACAAAGACAAAGGUCUUGAGAUACUGGCAUUUCCAUGCAAUCAAUUUGGUGAGGAGGAACCUGGAAGUAACGAUGAGAUUGCAGAGUUCGUCUGCACUCGCUUUAAAUCAGAAUUUCCUGUCUUUGACAAGAUUGAAGUGAAUGGUGAGAAUGCUUCCUCUCUUUACAAAUUCUUAAAGUCAGGUAAAUGGGGAAUUUUUAGUGAUGAUAUUCAAUGGAACUUUGCCAAAUUCCUUGUCGAUAAAAAUGGACAAGUAGUUGAUCGUUACUACCCCACAACAUCUCCUCUGAGUCUUGAGCAUGACAUAAAGAAGCUGUUGGGGAACUAAUGAAGUGCAGAGGCAUAAAGGAUUUAUCAGAGCUCAUGGAGAUACCAAAGCAUAUGUUUAAUCGCCUUCUCUGCUUUUCGGUGUGCUGUAGGAACUGUUGAAAUUUGUAAUUAGAAAAUGACAGUUACAAGGAAUAUAAAUUGUUGCUACUGCAGUUCUAAACUUCUUUUCCUUUUCUUUUCGGUUGAAACAUCUUAAGAUACAUGGAGCUUGAUUAUAAAAUCCUCAAAAUGCAAACUCUGAUUUAAUUCAGAAGGCAGAGAAUAAUCAUUCUCAUUGUAAUUUUCA